UCUGCUUUCCGUCAAAGGAGCUCGAACAGAUGGCGAAGGAGCAAGAUAAAGAGUCGGAGAAACAAGCCUUACUGCGGGAAGUGGAAAACCAUAAGAAACAAAUGCUCAGCAAUCAGACAGCUUGGAGAAAGGCAAAUCUAGCUUGCAAAAUUGCUAUCGACAACUCUGAGAAAGAUCAACUGCUGCAGGGAAGAGACUCCUUAAGACAAAGGAAGACUACAAAGGAAAGUCUGGCAGAGAGUGCAAGUAACAUCACGGAGAGUCUGAUGGGCAUUAGCAGGAUGAUGUCACAGCAAGUCCAGCAGAGUGAGGAGACCGUGCAAACCCUAGUGAAACUUUUCUGUACAAGGAUGAAGUUGCUGUCCUGUCCUCAGAACCUCUGGUGGCACUCCCUCAUUUUGAUACAUGUUAAAUUGGAAGAAGCGUCUCUGGAGUCAUUGUCACAGAACAGCUACAUAGCGAGUGUCUGGGGAAGCAUCCAUUUAUUUUAUGUAACACUUGCAUGA